CCGGGCAGUGAGUGAGGAUCUGCUUUAGAGAACAAGAACAGUACAGCUGCUUCAAGAUGUCUGUCAGCACAGCUCGACUUGGGGACCUAUGUGUCACUACUACGGUUCUCCCAGCAAGUGACGCGGGAGCUCUCAGAAGAGAUGCUUCCCAUACAUGGACUCCUGAAAUCACAAUGAAAUUCAAAACACUUCAUAUGAAAGCCUUAAGUGUGUUGCUGAUACUGAUUGGUGUGUUGCAGAUAAGCUUUGGAGUGAUCAUGGCAUUAGCAGAGGACGAGUACCAAUCCUUGACAGUGCGCAGUGGAGUGUAUAUAUGGGGAGGGCUGGUGGUCUUUGUGGCAGGAUGCAUUACUGUGGCUUCAGAGACCAAGGAGAACAUCAACAUGAUAAAAGCCUGUUUAGUAUCUCAUGUAACAAACGUAGCAGUUGGUGGAGUGGCGAUGAUUGUGUACAUGGUUCAGUUGUAUGCUGAAACACAGACAUGCUGGGCGAGAACAGACAGGCACGAUUUAAACAAUUGUGUCUCCAUGGACAAUGAAGAAGUUACCACUGUAUCACAUCAUUACUAUGACUACGUUGAACACAACGAUGUUACUACUCUGCGAGUGACCGUGAAUUCCAUGAUACUCCUCUUCUCUCUCCUUGGAUGGAUCAUUUCUCUGUGCGUUGUCUUCUCAGGAUGGAAAGUUCUGAAAGAUGUUGGAUACUCUUUGCUGAACUGAAUUUUCCAUCAUCAUGAUCUACAGUAGAAGACAUUAUGUGCUUUAUUCCAUAUACAAAACAAUGAAUAUUCUUCAAAUAAUACCCCAGUAGCAUAAAAUACCUGUGAACGUUAUACAUUUAAUGUCAAUACUAGUUACUAAAUCAUACAUUAAUAUUAACAGCAUGUAUACUUUUUAUAGUA